AUGGUGAAGAAGCUGGUACUCCCCCCGAGUCCCCAAGCCAAACGGCAGAAAGCGGUUCAAGCAUUUCUGCUGACGAGCGGCCUUUUAAUUUGCUUUUCCUUCUGGAGAUUGGUUUGCAGCUCGUCGUCCUCUGAUGCCAUGGCAGCCGAAAUGCUCUUGUUUUCCAACAUGACAAAGACGCAAAGCAGCAAUAUUCGGUUGUCUACAGCAAGAGAAUACCGCAAAUACGACCGUUUCGAUCAUUUGAAAAAGAAGGAUCCAGCGUACCACAUGAAUUCCCUUCCGGCUCCUACGUACCAUUUAGUCAUUUCGACGGGUUGUUCGACGUUUCAGGAUUGGCAAUCCUACGUCAUGUUCUUUCAUGCCGUCAAGUCGGGACAAGUGCGAGUAAGCGAUACUACUGACAACAUUAGCUAUGUGACUCGAGUCGCAUCGGGCUGCAGUGACGACGAGGCCCUCCAAAUGGACGAGAUUCAUCGUCGCGAUAUUGCUCCCAUGGCACCGGGACGGUUCUUUCUCCACCAUACACCCGAAUACAAAUACAGCAAACCGGGCAUUGAUUACAAAUUCUUCAACAAACCCAUGGGAUAUCGACAUUGGAUGAGUCAUGCAUUACGGUAUCCCUACAAUCACGACAAAUACGACAAUGUCACAACUAUGGGGUGGCCCCUUUCAAGACAAACGAAUCGUGAACCGUUUGCGCAGGAAUAUGCCUUUGGAGUCCAAUUCUUCAAUGGGUUGAAAAUGGACAAGAUUGCCCAAAAGACCGAAAUCCCUUCUAGAGUCUCCAAGCUGGAUCUACAAAAGGAAGCCUAUUCCUACAUGGUGGGGCCACCCUAUAUUAUGAAGGGAUAUGAUCUCUGGCGGAUCAUUAGCAAAUGGGCCGAGUUUGUGACACAUGUCUAUGAGCAAGUAGUAGACAAUCUGAAACCAGAACAUCUGAGUGAAAUGUAUUCCUACAGCAUUGCUUCCGCUCAUUUGGGUUUGAAACACGCCGUGGCACAUUCCUUUAUGGUUUCCAAUGUCGACAUUAUGGCAGGCGAAGCAUGGAGUCUCAUUGACAACAAGGACGGCGACGAUCUAUGCGACAAUUUCCCACCAAACGAAAUGCCCCAUGUCCUCCAUCAUUGUCAAUUCUACUCUCUCGGCAACUACUUCUUUUCCAAAUACCAUUUGCCAGGAGACUUUAUUUCCUGUGAGUCGCCCUUGCUGGUGGCACCGCCCAGCAAUUUUUCCAAACUCUACAAUUAUGCCUACUGGCCGCACAAUCAGGAAAAGCGUCUCGACUAUGCCAACAAUCCGCUCAAAAUCAAACGGAAUGCCUUCGCCGUGUGUCAUAUGAUCAAGAGUAUGAACGAAGCAGCCAUCUACUACAAACAGCAGCAUUGCAAUGAUGCAACUGCCAACUACAACCGCACACUCACAUUGCCUGUCAAAUAA